AUGCUUAUCGACGACGACGAUGAUCUACGACGUCAAUUUGCGAAUGCUAUGUUAUCCUUUGCGGGACAUGAGCAAUGCCUGAACAAAUUAAUAGGAUCUGGGUACUUAGCUGAUCUGCAGAAGAUGUUCCGUGAUCGUUUUUGGAUCAUACGUAAAACAUCUGUAAUAGCUGUUAUCAAAGUUAUACAAUGCAAGAAAUACCUGAGCAAGGUGCUAGAAUCUGGAUAUUUGAUUGAUUUUCAGAACAUGUUUGACGAUGAAGAUGAGGAAGUAAGAGAGGCUGCUGUGGAGGCAAUCGAAGCUUUGGUAUCCAAUGGUACUAAUGAAUGCCGAAGAAAAAUGAUGGACUUUGGAUACAUGGUCGAUCUUCAAAGCAUGUUAUUUGAUGACUAUUCAGAUGUAAGGAAAGUAGCUCAAAGGGCACUCGAAGCUUUUUCGCAGAAGAAAAGUUCCUGA